AUGGAAUUUGACGGUGAAUUAAAUAAGAAUAGAGUAAUAAUAGCAUUUUAAUUAUUUAAAUUAACAAAUAGAUGAAAUAAGUCUAAUUAAUUCAAAAUAAAUAUUACGUAUUAUUAUGUGAAUUAUUAAUCAAAACAAAAAAAAUAACAAAAGGGUGAAGUUUUGAAAAAAAAUGGUAGAAAAUUCUUUUGCAACUUGUUAGGUAUCCGAAAAUUGAUUUGUAAAAUGAGACACCCUAGAAUUUGGUGCAAUUUUGGAUGCAUAUAAAUCUGCUAAACUUUUAAAUAAAUUAGUGAUUGGAGGAGGGAUUGAU